UCAAAAUGCUGGCUUCUAAAGGAACAACUUUCUCAGAUUGUAGAGUGAUGAGGAGUUUAUUCCCCCCCUGCAAAGUUUCACAUAUACCAGUUGUUAGCUUUGGACGCAAAAGAUCGUUAAAAAUCUACAGUGCAAAAAUGGAGCUCUCAAUCACACAACCUGAUGAUUGGCAUCUUCAUCUCCGUGAUGGUGAUGUUCUAAAGGCAGUUGUCUCUCACAGUGCACAUCACUUUGGGAGGGCAAUAGUCAUGCCAAAUUUGAAGCCUCCUAUCACUACCACUGCUGCUGCUGUAGCAUACCGGGAGGCGAUAUUGAAAUCUUUACCUGUUGAUAGUGAUUUCAACCCUCUUAUGACACUUUAUUUGACAGAUACAACCAGUCCUAUGGAAAUCAAACUAGCAAGAGAGAGCCAGGUCGUAUUUGGGGUGAAGUUGUACCCUGCUGGUGCCACGACAAAUUCUCAAGAUGGAGUGACUGAUCUUUUCGGGAAGUGUUUACCGGUUCUACAAGAAAUGGUUGAGCAUAAUAUGCCUCUGCUGGUUCAUGGAGAGGUUACUAAUCCUGAGGUUGACAUGUUUGAUAGAGAAAAGGUAUUCAUUGAAACGGUUCUAAGACCGUUGGUGCAGAAAUUUCCACGAUUGAAGGUCGUGAUGGAGCAUGUUACCACCAUGGAUGCUGUUAAGUUUGUUGAAUCUUGCACUGAAGGAUUUGUUGCAGCGACUGUCACCCCACAACAUCUUGUUUUGAACAGGAAUUCUCUCUUCCAAGGGGGCUUACAACCACAUAAUUACUGCCUUCCAGUCCUCAAAAGAGAGAUCCACAGGGAGGCGCUUGUGUCAGCUGUAACAAGUGGAAGUAAAAGAUUUUUUCUUGGGACUGAUAGUGCUCCUCAUGAUAGACGAAGAAAAGAGUGUUCUUGUGGAUGUGCUGGUAUUUACAAUGCACCUGUAGCCUUGUCAGUAUAUGCGAAGGUGUUUGAAAAGGAAAAUGCACUCGACAAGCUUGAAGCAUUUACUAGCUUCAAUGGACCAGACUUUUAUGGGCUUCCUAGGAACAACUCAAAGAUUAAGUUGAGUAAGACGCCAUGGAAGGUACCCGAAUCCUUUUCUUAUGCAUCAGGAGAUAUUAUUCCCAUGUUUGCUGGUGAAAUGCUCGACUGGUUGCCGGCUCCUCUCUGAGA